AUGGUCGAAGAAGGACUUCUCAAGAUCACACCAGGGCUCAUCCAAACCCUCCAAACAGCGCGAGCCAACUCCCAUUACUUGAGAGGCAUGUCCACGUAUGCAGCUUAUCCUCACGUGGAUAGAGCAAGCCGCUUCCAAGUGGCUGCAGGGAUGAUGGUCUCUAUCGAAGUCCGUGCAAUGGAGCACGAGAUCGAGCCAUUUCGUACGAAGUACUGGAAAAAGUCCGUCUUGGUCCUCCCACACGAUUUCCCAGCGGGCGAAGUCCUGAAUCACUUCAAGGCGCAAUUUGAGUGCGUUGCUGAUACGGACUUUGAUGCCAACGCCGUCUAUAGCGAUAUCGCAGCUGCCGCUGAGGACAGUAUAGGUAGCUUGCCGGAACACAGCCACAGGGCAGGUGAGGCAUUUGAUGUUAUUGCUGUGGCCGGUUCGAUGAGCUCGAAGGACGAUGCGUGGCUCGCUAGAAAGCAGCUGGACAGAGACGCGGGUUGGGGCUGGGUAUGUAUGCAACAUUGUGUUGUGCUUGAGGGAAGUGGAUGGGAUAGAGAGGAAGUAGGGAAGAACCACUUAGUCGAGGAGAGAUGA